CAAAUUCUGAUCCGCGUUAAACUCCAGAUAAAAUCAAAACAAUGGUCCACACUAGUACUGGUUGUCUUCGUUUCUUGUGUUUACCAAUCUUCGAUGAAGCUUCUUCUCUGCAAUGAUUUCUUCUAUUCCAUUUUGUCAUCUUGUUAAUUGUUACUUCUUUGAUCUAGAGGACCAAGUAAAAGGGUCACAAAAUUACACAUGGUAUUCUUCUAAUCUUCUUGUAUAUUUGGCAAGCUCAAAGUCACAAGUUAAACCACCCAAAACACAUUCACAUCUUAACAAAAUUCCCUCUCUCACUUGGAUCCUUGCUCUACCCCUAUCAGCUAAGAAACAUGAGCAGUGAAAAUCAUCACCAUCCCCAUCAUUACUUUUACCAUCAGAACCUGCAUAUCCAUCACAGAACCACAUUCCUGCCUAUGCUAUGUUCAAGGCCAUCCAUCAAGGAUGUGAGUCUUCCACAGUGGAGAGACCCCCCAGGAUCCUUCUCCAAUGACCCUUUGUCCCCAAGAAUUGGUUGCAUGGGUCAAGUGAAGAGGCACAACAAAAUAGUUGGACUUCUCACAACCAAAAGCAACACCUCCAACAUCUCCAUUUCCCCUAGUCUCAAGUAUUCCAAGCUCAAAAAACUCUUCUCUGGCAAAAACAUAAGCACCAGCACCACCAAUGCUACUGCUCCUACUGCCUCCAGCUGUAGAAGUAGGCCAAGAGGGUCAGUGAAUAGUGCUAAUGUGCCAAGGAACCAUAAGCACAAGUGUAGUAGGAAUGAGAAUGUUGUUCCCAUAAGCAUUGAAAAUAUGGAUCCUCCUCUACCUGUGAUCAAGAGAGUGCAGAAGCCAGAGGAAGAAAAACAGGUGGAUAGUCUUUGGAAAAGAAGGUCAGGUGGUGCUGCAUUGAAAAGUUUACAGCUUCAACAGAUUCACCAUUCAAGACAUCAUCCUCAGAUCACAAGUGUUUGACGGGUGAUCAAUGAUCAGAUAAGGCAGACUGGCAGAUGCAAAAUUCUUCUUUUUUUACUAGAAAAGUUUACAUAAGAUAUGAUCUAAAUCUAAAUGGCAUGUUUUUAGUUUUCGUGCUGUUUGAUUUCCUGGGGCAUCUCACAUAGAGGUGAUGCAGAAUAUCCUAGUUAUAUUGUAUACCAUAUAUUAGUGAAUAGAUUAUAGAUCCAGGUUUGUAUGUGUUUCAAAGAACCUACAAUUGAGGUUUUUUUGUAAAGUGACAAGUUUUGUGCUAAGAAUUGUUCACAUUCAAAUUGUGAUCUUGAAAACGCCAUGAGUGGCAACGCAUAUCAAUUUAUCAAUAACAUAGCAUGAUGCAGACAAUGGAUCACAUUACGAGCAUCACUGUCUCAGAAAGGAAAGGCGGUGUUCAUUAAUGAAAUUUAUGAUUUAUGGUGCUGGGCAAAGUGGGAGGAUAACUCAAGACAUACAAGUCAGCAACAUCAUGUAGUGGUAAGAACAAUAUUGAAAGUAGAAAGGUCAAUCAUGGAAACGGCAUGAAGCAACAAAAGAAUGCUACUGAAAUGAAUAUUUAAUCUUCAGGAACAAAAAGCAACUAUGUCAAGCCAGCAAUGAAUUAGUUUCUCAAUGUUCACUUCCAGAAGCAACUCAUCAUAAUAUUGUUUGAAUGUCUUCAAUCCCACGCCACAAUAUUAUUUCUUAAGAAAUUAGACUUCAGAUUUAACUAAUUUCACAAAACUAACUUAUAAGGUGAGGGCUAUCGAAGCCUUAUGAAAACUAUAUUAGUCAUAUUUAUAGUCUAUGUAAGAUCUCAAGAUUGUUCAAAGAAACGUGAAAUUCAUCAAUGAAAAGUUUGUACUUAUAUUUUCUAUUCAGGAUCUAAAGCUGAUGCAGGGGCAAUGCAGAUCACUAUGAUGGCACUUAAAACUUGUAUCAGUGAACACACCAGAAGCUCCUGUUGUUAGGUAUUCUAUACAAUACCGAUAACUUUAACUAAGUAGUACCAUCAAAAUAUAUGGAAGGGCAUGCUGGAUUAGCCCAAGACCAAGGAAAUACAGGUAAUGUAGUUCAGCUUCAACACAGAAUGCUAACCUCAAUACUUUACAUACAACCAUCUAUCCCAAUAACAACCUUGUAAAUUGUUUUACUUAUUUACACCACGAACAUGGCAGAUGCCAAUG